AUGGAUUUGAUUCACAAAUUUUUAAACAUCGUUUCUCCUAUUGUAACAACAAUCUUGUUCAUCUUCGUCUUACCAGUUAUUUAUGUGUCGCGCCUCUUGAGGUCUUGUAGUGCAUCCUCAUACCCAAAAGAACUCGCAGGAAAAGUAGUACUUAUCACUGGAGCUUCUUCCGGUAUCGGUGAGAAUUUGGCGUAUGAGUAUGCGAAACAUGGAGCUUGUCUUGCAUUGGUUGCGAGAAGAGAGGACUUACUUGUGGCGGUAGCCGAGAAAGCCAAGGAGCUAGGCUCUCCGGAUGCAAUUGUGAUCAAGGCUGAUGUUUCGAAACUUGAAGAUUGCAAGAGAUUCGUUAAUGAAACAAUUAGCCAUUUUGGUAAAUUGGAUUGCCUUAUAAACAAUGCUGGAAUCGCAACAUAUGGUCUCUUUGAAGACAAAGAUCAGGGAGCAGGAGGCAUCAAGGAAUGUGUUGCGACGAUGGACAUAAACUUUUGGGGGUCGGUUAACGCCACACAUUUUGCACUUCCACAUCUUAGGAAGACCAAAGGCAGAAUCAUUGUAGUCAAUUCUUGUGCCGGAUGGCUCAAUGCGCCUAGAAUGAACAUCUACAAUGCAAGUAAGGCAGCACAACAAAGCUUCUUUGAAACACUUAGAAUCGAGCUUGGAUCGGACAUUGGAAUAACAAUAGUAACCCUUGGGGUGGUGAAGACGGCUAUGGCUAAUGAUGAUGACUUAAUCAAGACAAAUUUAGAGUGGAUGCCCAUGAAAUCCGUGGAAGGGUGUGUUAAGGCAAUCGCCGAUGGUGCUAGGCGUGGAGAUGAAUACGUGGUCGAGCCUAAAUGGAUAGACACGGUUAUUUUGUGGGUGAUGUUACUACCGGAGCUAUCAAACUUAGGGCGUCGCAUCAUGAUGACUACGGGGCAGGAAACUAAGUUACAAAAGUUGAUAUCUAAGAACAACUGCUCAUUUCAAUCGCACAAUGUUAAACAGCGCUAA